AUGGGUGAGGCUACAGGGGUUCACUACAAAGACACGGCGAUUGCACGACACGGAGUACAUCGAUACCGAUUCGACAUCGGUAGGAUACCUCAGGGUGAGACGGUGACGUCAGCUGAACUGCGCGUCUUUCGCGACUCACGCGGACAGGGGAGCUCGUUGUUUCGAAUAGAUGUGCUCCAGCUUAGAGAACGGGGCAGUGAUGGAUCCCGGUCACAUGUAUAUCUUGACAGUACCAUUGUCGGUCCGGGGGACCAUGGAUGGUUGGUCUUUGAUAUGACGUCAGCCACGAGUACAUGGAGGACUUAUCCAGGAGCUAACGUGGGUCUGCAGCUCCGCGUGGAGUCUUUACAAGGUUUGGAUAUUGAUCCCACCGAGGCAGGGGUGGUUGGUGUCGGUAACAACGAGGGUCGAGAGCCUUUCAUGGUGGUCUUCUUCCAGCGCAACGAGGAGGUGGUUGCGGCGACUUCAUCCCAUCUCAGGCGUAGUCGUCGAGCAGCGAGCCGACAAAAGAAAAGCGGGAAGAGGCCCAGAAAACCCGACACGGAUAAUGAUGUCACAUCCAGAGAUUUUAACGCUCGACUUCGCAAACGGAAGCGGCUUUGCAAACGCAAAUCCAUGUUCGUCAAUUUUGAAGACCUCGACUGGCAGGAAUGGAUCAUCGCGCCACUCGGAUACGUCGCUUUCUACUGCCAGGGCGAAUGCGCAUUCCCCCUCAAUGGGCACGCCAACGCAACCAACCACGCGAUCGUCCAGACACUCGUCCACCACAUGAGCCCGAACACCGUCCCCCAGCCCUGCUGCGCCCCGACCAAACUCAGUCCAAUCACCGUACUCUACUACGAUGAUAGCCGCAACGUCGUCCUCAAAAAGUACAAGAAUAUGGUGGUCCGUGCCUGUGGUUGCCUUUAGCAACGGACCAUACGUGGAAAAUAACAUUCAUUAUUUUUCUUUAAAAUAUGACUUUUAAGGAGCCAUGGACAAAAAGAACUUUAACCUCUUCAACAAAAAAAAAGGUUCUUACGUUGUGGAGGGUAUUUAUUGAAAGUUGAUAAUCAUAUUUCUCGGUACGGUAUAUUAUUACAUGGGCCAUUGAUUAUACUAUUGAAAUUGUUUCGUUAAAGGUAGCCCUUUUUAAUUAUUGCAUAUACUAGGCCUAUUCAUAUUUUUAAAUCCAGCAACCGGCUGUCAUUUCUGUUGGCCUAUAAACGUUAAUAUUUGGUAUUUACAGAUUAUGCGGCUCAUAAUGACUUGUAUUCGUAUAUUAGAAGGUCAAUUUCUUUAUUUUCAAUAUUUAUACAAGCAACGUUAUUACGAUUUUAAGAACAUUCUCUCUCUUUUUCUUACUCUCUGUGUUAAUAGGGGUUGGUAUAAGGUUAGUGGAAUGAUGGCUUCACCCCCUCCCAAUUAAAAUAUCCAGGAUCAUUUUAUAGUUACAAAACCCAACACAACUAUCUUUCCAAUAUUCCUUCUAUCCUUUAAUACUUCUUUCUUUUCCCUUUUUUCAUUAAAGAAAAUCUUUCAAAAAGAAAAUUGGGGCGACCGUUCAUUGCUUUCAUCACUCUUGCACCAACCUUGCGUGACAGUGCUUAUUCGAUCUUUUUUUUUUUUUUUUUGGGGGGGGAGGGUCUUUGGUCGGUCGUUAUUGAAAUAAAUGUCAUAAUCAGAAGAGACCGCUUGUAAAAUGAUAUUUACACGUAUAUAGGCUGACGAGAUUUUUUAUCAGAAUUGUUGAAAUCUUAGAAUAUAAGUGCGGAAAUGAUAUAACCCUCUUUUGGAAUGUGAUAAAAUCGUAGACGUGUUCGUGGCAAGUACAUCCACCUAUGUCAUGUAUGUAGUGAUCUUAGAUAAUAUUUCUUUUCUAAUGUAGAGUUGAGAAAAUUUGCCAAGCCAAUCACUUAAUGAGGUAGAUGUCUUGGCCAUGAUGCGAGAAUAUUAAACUGGCGCAGGCUUCGGUAUUUUCAAUAAUCAUGAGUUGCUAUUAUGAUUUGAGAUAAAAAUAUUUUGCAGUAAUCAUUGUGUGGGUGUGGCAUAUGAGUGAAUUCACGGAAGGUGGGUGCCGGAAGAAGUGAUAAGCUUCCGGGUCAUCUUAUAUUCGUGGUCAAUCUGCCCGUCCAUUUGCAAAUUUAGGAAGUUAAAUGUGUAAUAAAUUUAUGUAUUUCCGGUCUAACCAUUUUCGAGCGCAUAAAUAUAAUAAAAUUUGAUAAAUAUGCAUGGCGAGCGCGUUUCAUGAAUUUCAAUGGAUUUCAAGAUGAAGACAGUAUACAUGUUGCCUGUCACUUCAGAUUAUUUGCUUUGUUGCAGAACAAUAAAUAAAGAUGAAUAAAGGUUACUAGACAUAACAAAUUAUUAGACAAUGAAUAAUAAGUGAAUGAAUAAGUGAAUCAAUUGAAUGCAUAAAUGGGCCUUAAUUAAAAUUGAUUAGUAACUGAAGGGAAAUAAUGAUUGAUUGGAUAUAUAAAGAUGAUACAUAUAACGCGUGUAAUGUGACAAUUUUUCGUCUAUUUCAUAAAAAUAUGCACAUAUACAGUUGUGCUCAGAAGUUAAUGAACCCACCACAAAAUGCACUCCUUCAGGCUGAGUGUUGAAUUUAGACAAUAACACUACAAUGUCAAGCAGGCCUGGCCAGAGAAACAAACUAAGAUUAUAUCACCUGACUUCACAAUAAAAUAUCUAAAACAUGGCAGAACUCGAACGCUUAAAAUAUCUUUAUUUUCUGGUGGGGUUCACUAACUUUUGAGCAUCACUGUAUAUCGACGGAUCAGCGUUUCAACUUUUGUUCAAAAUGAAAAUAUAGGUAAUUGUCAAUCUUGUAUUUUGUGAAUAUUACUGAAGAGGUAAAUGGAUAUUUGAUGAAAAUAGAUGAAUAUAUGAAUAUAAAUGAGUAAUUUGAAUUAUGUAAAUGAAUGAAUAAAAUUAAUAAAUAAAGAAGAGGUAACAUGAGCAUUUUCGUCUUUCCCCAUACAUUUAAGUGGUUCAUUGUUUGAAUUUGUAAUUAAAAGAAGGAGAAUGGUCAUUGCCUAUUGUGAUUUAGAGAAGAUUUAAAACUAAAACAGACCUUUAUAUUAUCGAAUAUUAUUGAUGUAUAUAUAUUUGCUUGAAGAAAACUUGUCUAGAUAUUGUUGAAAUAUCCCCCCCGGUCGCUUUCACUUGAUUUUUCACUUUCCUUGGUUGUGAUGCCAGGGAUCACUCGAUUUGGAAUGAAGUUAGAGUGUAGGUGUGAAUUUUCAAACAGAAUUCAUUUUAUUAAGGAUGAUAUUCACUCAACGACAAGUGAAAUUCACUCUAAAUCUAGUGGAAUGUUAUUCACUCCCACCGAAGAGUGAAUUAUUCACUCGAUUCGUCUUAAAAUGUACAAGAAAAAGUGUUCCAUGGUAGUCUUACGAUACGAUGAAAGAUUCCCCUGUCAUGCCAUAUUUAUACAAACUAUUGGAUAAAGCGAUUUUUUAAACGAAAAUAACCUUUGGAAAAAAACUUUGGAACAACAUACCUUGUGUGAAAACAGAAAAGUCUAAGAAUUUUUUUUUGAUUUUUUUGUUGAAAAUUUUGAUCACUAAUGCUUUAUUGGAGAUCCUCCCAUUAGCAAUGCGACAAAGAUGUGUGAUGUCACUUGUGAACAACUCUCCCAGUACUUUUAAACUGCCUCUUUUAUCACAUCUAUCAGUAGAUCAUGAAUUCUUUCUAUAGGGGGGCAUGUAUUACAAAUUUUCAAAGAAUACAUUAGCAAAAAUAGAUCAAAAAUAGACAUUUUGGGGGUAUUUUAUAGUCCACCAAAGGGAAAGUUGUUAACAUGUGACAUCACCACUGAUCUAAAUACUAUACUAAUAGUAUUCAGAUCAGUGGACAACACAUAUCUUUGUCGCAUUGCCAAUGGGAGUAUCUCCAUAUAGCAUUAGUGACCGUAAUAUUCAAAUACUCAUAACUUACUCAUUAUUCGUCUGAUUUUUCUCAAAUUUUCUUAGUUCUUAUUCUUUUAUUUUUAUGUUUCCACACGAGUCCACAUGUUCCACAGGUUUCACCCCCCUUUAACGAAUUUCAUGUUUUUUGGCGAUUAAACUUAUUCAAGGGUAAUGGCUCCCUCUUCCGCCCACAAUGAGGCAGCCCAUCUGAGAUCAAGAUAUCCAAAGGCCUAUACAUUCACAGGGUUUGUACGCCCCAUUAUAGAUAUUGGCGUCGUGUAUAUAUCUUUUGUCUGAUAUAAUUAUCCUACAGAAUGAUAUUUAUUGUGUAUAUAGUUAUUUUAUAAUCUUGUCAUUUUUUUACAUUCGGAAAAUCAUCACGUUUUAUCGAUCGCAUAUUUUAAAAUCGAACAUUUUCAUUUAUAAUGUCUCGUCAUUGUGGUUCACUUGUGUGUGCCGAAUUAAACGUGUCAUAUCGCCUGCAUACUCUUGUAUAUAUUUAUGUUGUUUUAUCCCGAUUUUAGAGGGAAGAAAAAUACAAAAGACUAUUAGCCCUAUAAAAUCUAACUAGUUGUUUGUAUAUCUGUAUGCGAAUGAAAAUAAAUAUGCAUAAUCCCCACCGGAAAUAUUAUAUAUUUAUAUGCUUUUAUAUGUUUGGAAUCGAUUUUAUUUUACUUUUAUUAAUUCAAUAGAGCUGUCCAUUUUUUUAAAAAGAAAUAAUAAUAUUUGGAUAAUAAUCUGUUGCAUUUAUUUCAAGAUGCCCAUAGGCCUACAGAAUUGCUUUACCAUUUGUAUUUCAAACACAUCUGGCUCCGCCCAGGGACGGAUCCAGGAUUUCAUCAAUUAGGGGGCACAUAAAAUAGGUCGAUUUGCUGAGACAAAGAAAUUAAAGUCUUCUUUAAGAAAGGGCGUAAUUUCCUUAAGAAUUCUGACAACAAAACAAAUAUGUGGCCUGAGUCCCUGCUUAGUUAUAUCAGUAUUGAUAUUUUCUUUUAUAGUUACGAGUUAUUUUUUAAGAUGUGGCUAUUGAUGAAUGUGGAUGUAUUGCAAAUUAUGAUGAAAAAUAUAGCGUGUUAGUCUAUACAUGGUUUCCAACCAAGAAUUACAACAACACAAGAGAAAAUAAUUAGAAAAGGAACGAGCUCCUAUUUCUGUAUAUUGGUUGAUAAAUCAGUUCAACUGCUUUAAAACAUUGAUUUUUAUUCACCCACUUAGAAACAUAUUGAUUUGAUAAGUAUCAUAAGUGUGAACCUGUUCAAUUGGAGCAAUAGCUGACGAAUUUAUGCGUUGUGGUGAAAUGCAAUGCGAGACCCGACGAAGCAAAAUAAUUUUAUGAUUGUCAUAAUGUAUAGUUAAGAUUAUCCGUGGGAGCAACCCGGGAGCAACAUCUCGUCUCAGGAGCAAAUUUAUGGAAUCGGCGAAAAUUAUUUAUUCCAUACAAAUUAUUUUUUUUUAAUGCCCCUAAAUCGGAUUGUUUCUUAGGUCACAAGAAUAGAAUCCUCCUGGUCAUUCAGUAUUCAUGAUCCAUGGCAAAUAUAAGUAUGUAUGAUUUUUCUGUUGGUAAAGUCACAUUAAUUUUGUGGCGAAUUAAAUAUGAUCUAGAAUAUUGUAAGAUAUUUCUUGUCAAAUGUACAGAAACAGAUAAUACGCAAUGUAAAUUCAAUAAAACAUUGGGAAAUCAA